ACCUUAUAUAUGAACUUACCAAGAAAACCUCGAACAUGGAAAAUCACUUUUCAGUAAAAAGCCAGGAUUUUAUAAAAUGUCGUCUUCUUCUGAAGAUCUUGUGAACUCUUUGUUUUCACUGUAUGACAAGUGGGGAACUCAAAAUUAUAUUGGUGAGAAGGUAUCUCAGCUUCAGCAUGCUCAGCAGGUGGCAAGACUAGCUGAAGAUGCAGGUUCAAGUGAGGAUAUAGUUCUAGCUGGCUUCCUUCAUGAUAUAGGCCAUAUCAUUGGACUAGAAGAAGGAUUGAAGAAUAUGGAACAAGACGGUGUUACUCUCGGAACUGCUGAGCAUGAGGAAGUAGGGGAAAAUUAUCUGAGAAAACUGGGGUUUCCGGAAAAAGUUACUCAGUUUGUGAAAGCUCAUGUACAGGCUAAACGGUACCUGGUGUUUAAAAACCCAGAAUACUACAAUACAUUGUCUGAUGCCAGUAAAGGAACACUGAUUUGUCAGGGUGGACCAAUGAGUGUUUCGGAGGCAGAAGUAUUCGAAAACCUGGAGAGUUUUCAGGAUAUCCUGAAUAUGAGAAGUUGGGACGAAAAAGCUAAAAAUCCUAAUAUUCAAAUUAUUUCGAAUGAGAAGUAUAGACAAAUUGCAAUCAGAACAAUAAAUGAAUAAUAUAAAA